CUGGGAGUUCCAUUAGAGCUAGAGUUUCUUGAAUAGCUUACUAUGUGUGUUUCCUUCUCAGCCAAGCCUGGCACUGAGAAAGCAGGAUUUCAGCGACGUGGAGAGAUCGAUAGUGCGGCUGCGGGUGGGGAGAGAUCGAUCGUUGUUUCCUCUCGAUUCUAGCAGCAGCAAUCUCCUCGUGGAGCUCCUGCUCUCCACAGCAGGAGCAGCAGCAAUCUCCUUGUGGAGCUCCUGCUCUCCACAGCAGGAGCAGCAGCAUUCGGGGCUGGGACUGGGGUACAUUAUGCCACAAGUGACUGCUAUCCCUCGCCCAAGUGCCAGCAAUAGCAUUUUCAUUCUGGCAAAAGCAAAGCUCGUAUUGUGGCUCGCGGCAAUGGGGGUCCAAGGUCCUACUGGACGAAUCAAAACGAGAACCAGCAAGCAAUCACAAGGUUUUGCCAUGGAUGCCACAGGAAGAAAUCCCUUCUUCUCAGCCAUGGUGAUCUUGGAGAAGGGUGGCUAUCCCAUGAUGCAAUGGAACCUAGGAAGGUCAGAGUCAUCUUUUGCAGCCAUCAAGUUUAAGACGGAGUCAUCCUGGCAAUCAAGUUCAAGGCGUAGUUGAGACCACUCUGGUUCAUCAACUAUUUCCAGACAACUUCACUUCUUUAAUAUAUGAUUUCAAGCACAGUCUUCAUCUACAGCCAAUGUGGAGUUCUCCAUGGCCACGGCCAUCAAGAGUUCUUGAUGGGCAAGUGCCAUCAAACACAAGGCUGCUGAGUCUGAGUGUUACAAGCACAAUAAGGUUGAGAGGUAUUUCAUAUGUCUCAAGGAACGCUCAAAAGAAAUACAAUAAAAUAAA